GACCAAACACGGAAGUAAUGCCUCGCGUAGUGAGGUCGCACUUUCAGUGAAGUGUUUUGAUCCAAACAUUUUUUUUUGUUUCUUUUUCAUUUAUACCGUUUGAGCCAAGUUAAUAGACCGAUUUAGACUGAAACAUGACCCAAGCAGAAAAAGAACAAGAUAAUGGAAAGGAAAAAGAAAAAGAGCGCGACAAAGAGAAGGAGAGGGAACAGCGAGGAGUGAAAAGACCCAUUGCUCCACCAACCAUCCCGGAGCCCCUCCAGGAGCAAAUACAGAGCAACUUUGUCAUCGUCAUCCAUCCUGGAUCAAGGACGCUACGCAUUGGCCGAGCGACAGACAACCUUCCGCUCACGAUCCCGCACGUGAUAGCACGCCGUCAAAAGCAAAGUGGCCAGCCCAGAUAUGAAGAUGCCUGGUUGCUCAGAGAUGGUCUAAAUAAACCUGAAAGCAAUGAACAGAGGCAGAACGGCCUUAAAAUGGUUGACCAGGCCAUUUGGUCCAAAAAGAUGUCCAAUGGUGUGAGGAGGACGCCAGUGUCUGCUGAGCAGGCAAGAGCAUACAACUGUCAGAUCCGUCCUGCCGUGCUAGACAGUAGCUCCAGGGUAAAGUGGACCAACACAUCUCACCAUCCCCCUUAUUUGAUAGGAGACGAGGCCCUGUAUGUGAAACCAAACGACUGCUACAACAUCCACUGGCCUAUAGUUCGAGGACAACUCAACGUGCACGCCGGUCCCGGAGGCUCGCUCACUGCUGUCCUGGCUGACCUCGAGACCAUCUGGAGUCACGUCAUUCAAAAGAACUUGGAGAUCCCGCUCAAAGACCUAAAAUAUUACAGAUGCAUCCUUUUGGUUCCUGACAUCUACAACAGACAGCAUGCCAAGGAACUGGUCUCCAUGUUACUGGUUAAUAUGGGUUUUUCAGCAAUAAUAGUGCACCAGGAAUCGGUGUGUGCCACAUUUGGGAGCGGGUUAAGCAGCGCUUGUGUCGUAGACGUCGGAGACCAGAAGACCAGUCUGUGCUGUGUAGAGGACGGGGUUUCCCAUCGGAACUCCAGGUUGUCUUUGGCAUACGGUGGCGCAGACGUGACCCGCAUUUUUUUCUGGCUCCUGCAGAGGGCUGGAUUUCCGUAUAGAGAUUGUCAGUUGUCCAACAGAUUAGACUGUCAGCUACUACAACAUAUAAAGGAAACGCUCUGCCAUCUGGACCAGGACAUAACUGGAUUACAAGAUCAUGAAUUCCAAACACGUUUCCCAGAUGCCCCAGCUUUUCUCUUCCAGGUUCGCUUAGGGGAUGAGAAAUUACAGGCCCCCAUGGCACUGUUCUACCCCAGUGCGUUUGGUAUCGUCGGCCAGAAGAUGACAUCGUUGCAGUACCGUUCUCAAGGCGACUCCGAGGACCCUCAUGAUGAACUCUAUUUACUGGCCACACACAGCAAACAAGACCAGUCCUCCAAGUCCGCUUCAGAUCGCAAGGCGCUCUCAAGACAAGGCGGAGCUUUGGACGGUGACGCGAGUGGUCAAGGGGGCAUCGGGGAAAUGUCAGAACUUCCCAGGGGGAGCGGCGGCAGUGGAGCAAUGCAGGGCGAGACAGAUAUCGGCGCCGCCCAGGGGGAGUGCCUGAUGGGAGUGGGGGAGGCGGAGGAGCCCUUCUCGACACAUCUCUCCAGGAAGACUGCAAUCAUGAACCAGUUUGAGGGCAAAGCGCUUGGCCUGGAUAAAGCCAUACUGCAUAGUAUUGACUGCUGUGCCUCGGACGAGACCAAGAGAAAGAUGUACAGCUCCAUCCUGGUGGUGGGAGGAGGGCUCAUGUUUCAUGGCGCUCAGGAGUUCCUGCUUCACCGCAUCAUCAACAAGAUGCCACCAUCCUUCAGAAGGCUUGUGGACAGCGUGGAGGUUAUCACGAGGCCAAAGGACAUGGACCCCCGACUGAUAUCGUGGAAGGGGGGAGCGGUGCUGGCCUGUCUGGACACAACACAAGAAAUGUGGAUACACCAGAGAGAGUGGCAGCGCUUUGGUGUUCGGAUGUUACGUGAGCGGGCUGCUUUUGUGUGGUGAAAACACAAGUUUACAAAAAACGACUUUGGUGAGAAUCUUAAGGAAAAGACAAAAAAAAAAAAAACUAUUUCUAAUAAAAUGUAAGUAUGAAAGCUCAAA